AUGAUUAGUCAAUAUUAUUGCUUUUUCCAGGAAGACUAUGCAGCAAAUUUAAUUGAAGAAAGUGGCAAAAAUUGUACUGAAACACAUUUAACUGAAGGUGAAUUUGGCACAGACGAUUUGCAUUAUCUUAUUGACUUUGAUAUGGCAUUCCUCGGUGAUCAACCAGCAGCUUAUCAAAAACAUAUAGAAAACAUCCGAAAAGAAUAUGCACAUUUGGAUGAUGCCGAAUACAACAGUCAACGAUUAAAGAUUCUUGAACUCUUUCUUCAAAUACCAAAUAUAUUUGCAACCAAAGAACUGCGUGAACGUUAUGAAGAACAAGCGCGAAAAAAUAUCCUAAAUGAAAUAGAUCAGUUAUCUUCAUAUAAAACUACAUAA